UGCAGUUAAGACCACAGUGGUUAAGACACCGUACAUAGUUGGUAAAUGCAAAGUAAUCUUCUUUGUUGUGAUGGAAAUCAAAGUCGCAAAUGGUGUGAAUAAAAAAAUCUUGGAAACCCUUGGAGAAGAUGGUUGUGGGUUGGCUGUUGGCUUAAAAUCGGAAAAGUGGAUUAUUUUAACAGGCUAUUUAAGAUGUGACUUGUCCGAUUUAAAUAUCAGAAAAAAGAUAACUCGGUGGAUGCCUGAAGGAGUUGAUGUUUUAGCUUCAUACUCUGCAACCAAGAAGGAAUGCAUUCAAGACACAACAUGUCCAGUCCAUAUUUCCAUUGAAAAUAAUGAUCUGUCUGCAACCAUGUGGCAGGAUGGGAGAAUCUUUGAUACCACUAUGUGUGUUAUAAGUGAUGACGAGGCAAAAUCAUUGUUAGAUGAAAAUACUUGUUUGCUUCAUGUUACCGGCAACGUUAAAGUUAAUAUACCACAAAUAAAUGGUGAACUUGACACCAGUAAUGUGGGAGAAGUUUUAAAAAGUUCUGCAUUUUUGAUCAAAGAAAAAAAUCUCAUUCUCUCUGAAUCUUCCAAUGCAAUUUUAACAUGGAUGGAGUUUGUAUCAAAAAAUAAAAACAAUAAAAUACAAACUAAAUCCUCAAGCAAACUACUGCAUGUUGAGAUAAUGAAAUCAACAUUAAAUAAAGGCGAUUGUUUUGUGCCAAUUGUCAGUGUACGACCGGUGGCUACUAAAGUUUACCACCUCCCUAUUAAAGUUGAUGCACUUUGUUAUAUUAGAAAGGACGAUACAUUAGACAGAGCAUUGGAAAGUUUACAAAACACUGUACAGCGUCAGUUGUGGAAUGCUUGCUCUGCUAUGAAUGACCAACAACCAGACAACUCAAAAUGUGGAAUACCGAAGCCUUACUAUUACCAGAUGCAACACUACUGUCACCCGGUGGAAAUUUGGUAUCCAGGAAAUAAAAGUGAUAAUGAGUUGACCGAUUUCAGAAAGGAUGUGCUGCACAAGACAUUUUCUCUCCCGCACGAUCGACCGAUCUUUCGCAAAGCAAACUCCAUACAGUUCAACCCAACCAAUGAAGUUAUAUUGAAGAACACACACGAAGGGCUGACCCCUCCAAAACUCACGAAUGGAAAAGUUUAUACAGUACAUGGAACAUACAGCUAUCAUCACUAUAUGCAAGAUAGGAUUGAUGAUAAUGGUUGGGGUUGUGCAUACAGAUCAUUACAAACCAUCGUAUCUUGGUUCAAACAACAAGGUUAUACUGACCAACCAAUUCCAUCACAUAGGGAGAUACAGCAGACACUUGUUGAUGUUGGGGACAAAACAAAGGAUUUUGUUGGCACUCGUAAAUGGAUUGGUUCAAUAGAAGUAAAUAACGUGCUGAACCAACUCUUGGGUGUCACGUCUAAGAUUAUGUUUGUAAGUCAAGGUGCGGAACUUGUAAGCAGAGGAAGGGAACUUGCAAUGCAUUUUCAAAACCAAGGGACUCCUAUUAUGAUAGGUGGAGGUGUUCUUGCACACACCAUACUCGGUGUAUGUUUCAGUGAAACAACUGGCCAAACUCACUUUCUCAUACUUGAUCCACAUUAUACGGGUGGGGAAGAUAUUCAGGUUAUUCAAAGCAAGGGUUGGUGCGGAUGGAAAGGACCAAACUUCUGGAACCCAACUGCGUACUACAAUCUAUGUUUGCCACAGAGGCCAGCUUUGUUUUAAUAUUUUGAUUAUUUUUUUGUGGGAUUUGUGGCUGUUUGUGCUGUGUGCUGUAUGUAUGUGAAGGUUGUUUUAUUUAGCUCUACAAUUACAAAGUUUAUUUAAACAAAGCAGUGCGCACAUCAGCGGAAAUAAAACAUGGUGAUGGAUAUUAAAA